AGUUACCUGCAUGCAUGCUUACUACUAAUCCAAGUUAUGUUUAAACAAUACUUUACAGUACAUUGCGUAUACUCUUAACUGUGCAAUGUAUCGUGUCAGUGAUAGUUGUCAGAUAGAUAUACUUAUACAUUUACAUGGGUUUAUUGAAUAUCUUCAUUGCUCGUAAUAUUAGCAUGGGGCGUCUUUGUCAUCUGGCUAGGUAACGUUAGCUGAGCAAGCACUUUUUAACAAAAAGUUAAAACCGGAUGAUUUGUUUGACCAUAUACAAAUAAAUAGCGUGACCAGCUGUCUUUGGUAGCUUUGAAUGGUAUGUGACAACAAACUACGUAUCAUCACGGACACAAGCAAGAACAUUGUUUGAUGUAAAAACACGUUGGCAAACCAAGCUAGCCUGCAGUUAGCUAAUGAGCUAUGUUGACCACCGGCUUUAUCUAUGUCUUGGGAAGUUUACAUGCCGUCCUACGUUGCAGGUAAUAGGACAGCGACAUGUUGCUAACACGUAUUUCAAACUGCUACGAUGUUCAACUUACUAUGUGGUAUGCUGCGGUCAAAUCCAACCCUACUUUAAUAUCAAUAGUUGCUAACACAUUUCUUUAGCUUUUGCUAACAGCUGCGCUAGCUAUGUGUUGUUUUUUCCAGGCAGCACUUCCGCCAAGACGACGGAUGGCAGUGUGGUGAUUAUAACAAACGUAGAAGAAGAACGCCUUUCCGCUCUCUUUCUGGGGGAGAUUUGUUAUGGUUUUAACUGCAAGGUGAAUAUCUUAUGUUUUGAUAGACUGAAAAUCAGCUCCUAAUUUUGGAAAUGUUGUCAUACAACUCUUUACGGAUUGUGUGCCCAUUCCGGUCUUUACUGCACCCAAACUGGCUAAUGACAAACCGACAGACUCUUACAUGUUCAGCACAUUGUGUGUCAAACAACUUAACAAAGAAGGACACAUGGCAAAGACAAAAUAACCUCAAACCGACGGGAAAUGAAAGAAAGCUACAAUACUCGACAUAUGCAGCCAGUUCACCCAGGAAUUACGGCACAGGUCAAUUCAAACUGAACUGCUGGAAUUGCAAACAGCCUCUCGACCAAACACCUGCAUUCUUCUGCAUGACAUGCAAAGCAGUCCAGCCCCCAGAAGAAGACAUAUCAUUAUUUAACAUCAUGGAUUGUGACUACAAAUUCUCACUGGACACACACAAGCUGCAGAAAAGAUACUUGCAUCUCCAGCGUUCUCUGCAUCCAGACAACUUCAGCCAGAAAUCUGUGGAAGAACAGGAGUAUUCAGAAAGCUACUCCGCUCUUGUGAACAAAGCUUACCACACACUGCUUAAGCCUUUGAGUCGUGGCCUUUAUAUGCUGGAGCUGAAGGGAAUGGUUAUCGAAGAGGGCACAGACUCCGGGGCUGAUCCAGAGUUUCUAAUGGAGCUGAUGGAGAUCAAUGAAGCGCUUGAUGAAGUUAAGACUCCAGAGGAAGCCAAUAAGAUCGGCCAACACACAAAAGGGAAACUGGCAGUCUUGACAGAAGAAAUAGAUGCUGCCCUCCUUAAAGGAGAACUUCAAUCUGCCAAAGCCCUGCUUGCCCAAAUGAAAUACUUUGCAAACAUUGAAGAGAAAGUAAAGGAAAAACUUUCUGAAUUCAUGUAAUUGUACCCCCUAUUUAAUCGCUAUUACUUUGUUCCUUAUUUUUAAACUAGUUCACAAAGUUUUGUAAAAAACACAAAAGUGAGUGUACAUUUGUCAUGGGAAUAUGUAAAUAUAAUAUUAAAAUGAAAUAAUAAAACUACUUGUUAUGCAUAAUACACAACUGAAUUAAUGGUGAUUUGUGCUUAAUCUUAUAUUAUUUUAUUAAAAACUCUUCAGAUGU